CUGCACUACUCGUUCUCUCGUUUUCAGACUCGUUAUGAUGGGAGCGGGUUUCAUGAUUCUGGUACUCGUUUGCGUCAUCGCACUCAUGCUCAUGAGAAUUGGAGUGAAGAAACGCGAGAAAGCGAAGAGAUUUGGAGGCAGCACGCAGAAAUAAAGGGCGAGAAACUUCUAAGGGAAGCCGUUUUGAAACAAAAGCCGAAGGAAAUGUCGUCUGGAACAGUAACAAAGUGGAGCACUGCUACAGAUAAAAUAUCACAGUCAAAAGAAGGUACCUCCAAGGACAAAACGACGAAAUCGAAAGAGAUUGGGUCAAAGGAGAAGGUUGGCAAAAGUAGACCUGACUCCAAAGAGAAGAAGACAAGCUAG